GCCGUACUGGACGUGCAGCUGCGGAGGUUGGGACUGGGACUGGCGAUCUUCUUGCGCCAGCUGUGGGCAUGCAGCGCCGCCCUGGGCUCUGGGGUCGGCCCCCGCCGCGGGGAAGCCCAGGGCCGACAAGGACGGUUGGGUGGACCAGCCGAGGGGGCGCAAAGCCCAGCGGCAGGCCCGCAGCGCUCCCUCGCGAGCGGCAUUUGCCAAGUCGCAGACCUCGGCUUCUGCGGCCAGUGGGGCGCCGAGUGGCGGCGGAGUCACGGCUACCGAGAGGCUGCAGGCGACGGUCGAGCAGCUGGAGGCGCUGCUGGCUGGGCCGCCCGAGGGCGUGGACGGCAGCUUCACCAGCGUCGUGGCCAGCCAGCUGGAGUCGAAGCGGGCAGAGCUGGCCAGGGCCCAGCAGGCAGCAGCGGAGCAGAAGGCCGCCACCACGCCGCGGUCGACGCUGCUGCACAAGGAGGCCAACGCCAUCAGCAAGGCGGAGAAGCGGCCCCGCGCAGCCCGCCAGGACCUGGAGCAGAAGCAGGUGGCGCGCGACCUCGCGGGGGGCCAGCUCCAGAAGGCCCAGGAGGGGCUCGCGGGGCGGGACUGCGCGCUGGAGGAGGCCAGCAGGGCGCUCCAGGUCCUCGAGGAAGCCGCCCGUGAGGAAGCGGAGGCGCGGGAGCGCCAGCGGGCCGCUGAGUGGGCAGGGGCCAGCCAGGUCCCAGGGCUCCUCACGCAGCUGGGCAAGCUGCCAGAGGCCUGGGCCUCCAGCAACUUCGAGGUCGCACUGGCAGCCAUCCGCGCCCAGAUGGAGGCCGCAGCGGAGCGCGGCCACGCCGAGCGGUAUGGCAACGCGCUUGGCGAGUGGCCGCUGGUGGCUCAGGCCUGCAAGCGGGAGCUGGCAGCCGAGGUGGCCCGCCCGCAGGGCGCCCUGGGGCCCAAAGCCGUCAACCUCUGUAUCUUCGCCGCCUUCGGCAACGCUGAGCUCUCCGCUGGCAUGCCCUGGCUGACGCAGGGCGACUUCAACAUGGGGCCAGGCACGCUGCACGAGUUGGGAUGGCCCAGAGUGCAGCGAGGCACGCACCUGGGGCCCGAGUGCACGUGCGCAGGCCAAGGGGCCGAGCAUGUGUACGACUGGUUUGCGAGCUCCUUCGGUCGGGCCCAGGGGGUCGGUGAGGCCGCAGCGCUGGAUGGCUUUGGGCCUCACCCCCACAAGCCUGCGAGGCUGCUGCUGCAGGACGCGAGACCAGAUGCCUUGGCGCAGGCAGCUCGCCAGUGGAUCCAGGUAGUCGAGAGCACCUUCGUGAGGAUCCACGGCAUUGACGUCGGCGGCCUACGCAGGCUCACAGCUGACAGGGGGCGGCGCUGGCAGCCCUCGUACGAGGCUCGGUAUGUUCGGCAGGUGGCGUUUUUCCUGGCCGAUGUGGAGGCAGCCUCCACAGCAGCCUGCGAGGAGGACGAGGUCGGGGCCCUCGAGUUCGGCACUAGCGAGUGGAGCGACCUCAUUGGCCAAGCGGGCGUGCUUGAGCAUCCCGAGGCAACGGCAGCGAUGACGGGCCUGCUGCAGUCAGCCGCGCUGCCUCGCAGGAUAUGUGCUGGGGGGCUGGAGGCUGCAGCAGCCAGGCGAGCUAGUGCCGCCGCAGAGGGGCGCAAUGCCUCGCCCACCGUCGCAGCGGUGCGGACCCUGGUGCGUUUCGGCUGGUACCCCGAGCCGGAGCGGCGCAAAGUCGCGGACCCCGGUGGCGAGCUCGAGCCCAUGCUCCUCGGGCCUCAGGCGCUGAGCAUAGAGGAUGUGUAUGAUGCUCGGCAGGCCUCCAACCACCAUGAGAGGCGGAAGCUCAGCAGCGACCCCCUCUUGCUUCGGCCGAUGCUCGGGAAUGCCAUCGGGCGGCUGCUCGGGCCAGGUAUCGAGCUGGGCGUGAGGGAGCAGCACGUGCGUGGUGCCCACUUCUCCAACACGCACUGGACGAUGCGCAUCUGCAGGAUUCGCAGGCCAGCUGACAGCAGGCUCAACGGCAAGCU